AUGCAGGGUAGUCGAGAAGAUGAUGAUUGGUGCGACGUCUCGGACGAGGCCAUACCCAAGGAGGAUUCCAAACCGGCUGUCGACCCACAAGACAUUGAGGGCGCAUCUGACGACAAAGAAGUCGGGAAAGAUACAUCCAUGCCCACCCUCUUCAGCACCGCUCUACCCCCCUGUGGCCUCCUCCCCCAACUCGCCUACGACAACAUAGUCCACCGCCUCCGCGCCCUUUGGCUUUCACGCUCUCAAAAUCCCUCCGCCAACCUCUCCGUCACCAGCCUCUGCCGCGUAAUCCUAGCGGACCUCAAGACCGAAGAAGAUCAACCCAUUUCGCAAGCCCUUAACCCCUGGCGCCGCUCCUCCGUCUUCGCAUACGAAGUCCGCUGGGCGCGGUAUUUUGUCCGAGAAGCGGAAACCAUGGAUAAGCGACCGACGAUGACGGAGAAGCAAGCUGAUAAACAGGAUUUCAUGGAUCGCAUGUAUCCUAUUCCCAAGGAAUUAAAGAUUGUGGUGGCGAAUAGGAAGAAUCAGAAGCAAGUGCUGGAUCUAUGGAAGGAGUGGCAUCAUGGGAAGAGAGGUACGGUGGAGACGGAGGAUCCUGGGCUUGGUGUUGGUGGGGCGAGGGAGGAGGAGGUGGGUGUAGAUGGUGUGAAGAAGAUGGAUGGUGGUGGUGAAGAGGGAGAAGCUGGGAGUGAGGGGAAUGAGGAUGUGGAAAGGACCUCCGAGGAGAUCAUGGAGGAGGCACAGAAAUAG